AUGGCUUCAGUAGCGGGACUAACUCGAUUCUUACUUGGAAAAAACGUGAUCAACAACAGCCGUGCCGGUGCCAUUAAGUUUUACAGCACUGCUCCACAAUACGAGAACAUUAAAAUAGAAGUAGUUGGUGAAAAGAAGAAUGUUGGUCUCAUUCAAUUGCAUCGUCCCAAGGCACUCAAUGCUCUGUGCAAACCAUUGUUUAAAGAACUUGGAAAAGCUGUCAAAGAUUUUGACGCAGAUAAAGCAAUUGCAGCUAUCAUUAUAACUGGAAAUGAAAAAGCUUUCGCCGCUGGCGCUGAUAUUAAAGAAAUGCAAAAUAACACAUACAGUUCUAACACCAGGGAUGGCUUCCUACAAGAAUGGGAAGAUGUGUCAAACUGCGGUAAACCGGUCAUCGCUGCUGUCAAUGGAUUUGCUCUCGGCGGUGGUUGCGAGCUAGCGAUGUUGUGUGAUAUCAUCUACGCUGGCGAAAACGCAAAGUUUGGGCAGCCCGAGAUCAACAUUGGCACAAUUCCCGGGGCUGGUGGUACCCAAAGACUGCCCAGGUACGUGGGCAAGUCGAAGGCAAUGGAAAUUGUGCUCACGGGCAAUUUCUUUGGUGCUCAGGAAGCGGAGAAAAUGGGUCUUGUAAGCAAAGUGUUUCCAGUAGAUAAACUUCUAGAAGAAACUAUUAAAUUGGCUGAAAGGAUUGGAACCCACUCGCCAUUGAUUGUGAAGAUGGCCAAACAAUCUGUGAACCAAGCUUAUGAAACCACACUCAAAACAGGCUUGCAAUUCGAAAAAUCACUGUUUUAUGGCACUUUUGCUACUGGAGACCGUCAAGAGGGCAUGAAUGCAUUUAUUGAGAAGAGAACUCCUGCCUUCAAAAACGAUUAA